UUUUCGGGUGUCUUCAGUAUGCCAGUGUAGGGAGUUACGGACGCAACGUUAGCGCACUGCAGAUCUUUACUUAGUGCAGAUGCAAGGGGUUCAAGUUUGUAACAAGAAAUAGAGAUGAAUUGGCUACCAAAUGUAUCGAUGUGUGGAUAUUAUGUCGAUAAAAGUUGACGUCGAACAAGAGAAAAAGCGUCCCCGGUAACGAGCCGGAGGGUCCAGGGGGGUUGUGUCGAGGAACAAUGGCUCCAGGGGAAUACAAAUGGUAUUUUGUAUAGGAGCAUCCCUAUAGCGGGAUCCCCUUUUUCCAGCACCGAGGCAAUAUAAAGCCAUUUUUCAAUUGUCAACUGUGUUAACCAUGGAGACUACUGAGGUCACGUUGGCUGUGAGAGGAGAGACGGCUCCGGGUGAGGUCAUUGCAGUGGUUGGUAGUUGUGAAGCCCUGGGAAGUUGGUGCCAUAAAAGAGCAAUACCAUUACAGCUUAAUGUUGGCCAUGAUGGCACUUUCUGGAGUAGGACCAUCACACUACCUAGGGGACUUGAAUUCAAGUAUCGCUAUUUCCAAGGGUUCUUCCUUGAGUCAAAGAAUGCAGGGGGCUCCUGCCAAGUGAUCGUCAAUAAGUGGGAGACCCAUCAGCGGCCCCGCACCAUGACCCCGACAGAGUCUCACAUGAACCCCGACGAUGGCCAUUUUGGUACUCACGGUGGGGUGGCCUGUGUGGACUCGGGCUGGCUGACGUGCCAGACGGAGGUGCGUCUGCGUCUCCACCACUCCAGGAGUGCUCCCGUGUCCAUCACCAAGAAGAAAUUCAAGAAGUCCCGCUUUAGGAUCAAGCUGAACUUGGUGGGCUACGAGGAGGAGGGCGAGGAGGAGGAAGAGUCGGUGGAGGAGGACCAGCUCUCCCCCGACACCAUCUCCCUGCACACGACCAACACCACCACCCUGGAGAUCAGCAUGAUCAGCAGCGACGGCUACAAGUCCCGCCACUCGCAGCCCGACUGCGGCUACCCGCUGGAGCCCUCGCGGUGGACCGAGUACACCAUCAAGACCAUGGACCCCGACAACCUGGAGCUCACCUUCGAGUUCUUUGAGGAGGACAUGGGCGAGCACGUGGUGCAGGGAGACCCCCAGCCGGGGCACGUGGGCACCGCCUGCCUCCUCUCCUCCUCCUUCGCGGAGAACGGGAAGGACUCGGGCGUGGCCACGCUGCCCAUCAUGGGCCGUAACUCCAGGCUGACCAUCGGGAAGGUCAGAGUGGACUACUUGGUGAUCCGGCCCAUCCCAGGGCUGCACUGCGACAUGAACGCGUCCUUCACCCGAUACUGGAGAAAGAGGAGUGCUCUGGACGUGGGCCACCGGGGAGCCGGGAGCACACAGGCUGCCAAGCAUCACAAAGUGCAAGAGAACACCAUCGCCUCAUUCAAAAGCGCAGCCUAUCACGGUGCGGCCUAUGUGGAGUUUGACGUCCACCUCUCCAGGGACUCUGUGCCGAUCGUGUACCACGACCUGACCUGCUGCAUCUCAACCAAGAAGAAGGACAAGAAGUCCCUGGAGUUGAUCGAGGUGCCAGUAAAAGACCUGACCUUUGACCAGCUGCAGCUCCUCAAGCUGGCCCAUGCCACAGCCAUUAAAUCGAAUGAUCUCAAAGAUAUGCUGGAUGAUGAAGACGAGGUGGAUGAUCAACAGCCGUUCCCCUCGCUCUCCCAGAUAUUCCAGGCAGUUCCUGAGAACGUUGGCUUCAACAUUGAACUGAAGUGGAUCUGCCAGUCCAAGGACGGCUCCUGGGACGGUAACCUGUCGACGUACUUCAACAUGAACACGUUCCUGGACAUCAUCCUGACCUGCGUGCUGCAGAUGGCUGGCCAGCGACGCAUCGUGUUCUCCUGCUUCGACCCAGACGUGUGCUCCAUGGUCCGCCAGAAGCAGAACAAGUACCCCAUCCUCUUCCUCACACAGGGCAUCUCCGACAUCUACCCCGCCCUCAUGGACAUCCGCUGUCAGAGCACCCAGGUCGCCAUGAGCUUCGCCCAGAGCGAGAACAUCCUGGGAAUCAGCGCCCACGCUGAGGAGCUGCUGAAGAGCCCCGGCUUCAUCCAGGAGGCCCAGACCAAAGGCCUGGUGGUGUUCUGCUGGGGAGAGGAUAACAACAACCACGACAACCGCAAUAUCCUCAGGGAGCAGGGCAUCAACGGCCUCAUCUACGACCGAAUUUGUGAUGGCUUGGAGCCAUAUUAUGAAUCAAGUUCUGCAGAAACCCGAUCUGCGAGGACCUGGGAGAGCAACCCAACGUCUUCAAGGUAGAGGAGCAGCACUCCCUGCGGGAGGUGAUCUCAGACGAGGCGCGGAUGAACUGCCCCUGCUCCCCGUACACCAUCCCCUGCUCGGCGGCCGACCCCUGUGGCGCCCCCCCCGCCGCCGCCGCCACCGAGACCAACGGCGGCGGCAGUGUGGAGUCCGACUCGGGCCUCAGCUCGUCCUGAGCCCUCCCCGUUGGCUGGAAUCGACGGUGGGUCGAUCGAGCCAUCCCCAUUGGCUGAAUACAAGCCGAUGGUAAAGACACUUGUUUUCACGCUGCUCACUUCUCUCAGUUUGUGUGUCGAUACUCUUGUGACCCGUCCACCUCUCCGUCUUCACCUUUUUUAAAUCUUUUUAUCAGGAGGGAAGAAUUUUGCCAAACACGUCCUAAAGGUUGUGUGAACAUCAUUUGUGUAUGAUUCUUUUAUGUGUCGAUUUUUGAGGUGUGAGGAUAGUUGCCAUGGUAUGCUACCUCCGUUGCCAUAGAUAACAUAAAGUUGACCAAAGAACGCCUUUCAUGGUUAACUUUGCAUUGGUUUAUAGAAAUUGUAGCUGUACCAGGUGUAGGACUGAAACAGAACAGAAACUGUCCCAAAACCUAACAUGUGGUUGAUUAUCAAAUAACUGCCUACAUAAGCAAGGCUUUCCCUCUAACCCGUUUUACCCCCAUUACGUUGGGUUUUAUUGUUAUUGGUAUGACUGAAGACACCGGAGCUUAGUGAUUCGGGGUAAUAUUCGGCUCCUACGCAGGGAUGCACCAUAUUAUGCUUUAUUUUGUGUACCUUUUGUGUUCAUAUUUUGCCCUGGCUGAAUGCUUAUAAUUUCAGCGGGCGACUACAUACUCAUCAUUGAUCAACAUAUUGAAGGCGUAUUAUCAAGAGUAUUCUAUGUAUUCAAUGUGUCAGCAACUACCUUUUCUUUGACGUUGAUGGAUGUGUCAUUAAUGUAUGUAUAUACUGCUUGUCUUGCCUCUCAAUCUGCCUACUCCCUGGAUCUUUAUUGUAUGUCGAUCCAGCUAGUACUCCAAAUAAUUUCACAACAUUGCCUCUUACCACUGGAAACACUUGCAAAUACUUUGCACUUUCAGAUUUAAUUUCAGUCCCGAUGGCUCUAUGUGAUACAUACGUGCAUGUUAAAAUCUUUCGUUGAGAUCUGACAAAGGAAAAAGACAAAUCAUGUAAUAUGUAUUUUUAAGAUCUCGAAAGGAAUUUUAGCUUUCGCAUGCUCUGCACAUGGGACGUUUUGGAUUGAUAUCUGGACCCAUACUCUUUUUGUCUCUGGGAAACAUUUAAAAGGGCAUGUGGUAAAAGUCAAGUAAUAAAAAAAACUGAUUCUGACAUGAA